AUGCAGCAGCCCUCCUCCUCCUCGCCGCCGGCGCAGCCGCCGCCCGCGGCAGCGACGGACGCGCCUUCUCCCGCUCCCGCCCCCACUCCCGCUCCAGCCUCGCUGUCUCCUCCCCAGGCGCCGGCGGCGGCGGCGCCGCUGACGCCGGCGGAACCCGCGCUGACCGCCGCGCAGAAGGCGCUGCGCUCCAAGCCGUCGCGGUCUCCCGAGGACCCCGAAAAGAAGCAGAUUAAAAAGCUCAAGGAUGUGGAGAUCAGUUUUCCGAUUGUUUAUGGAACCAUUUCUUUCUGGCUUGGUAAAAAAGCAAGCGAAUACAACUCUCACAAAUGGACUGUUUACGUCCGUCAUGCAAACAAUGAGGAUUUGAGUGUCAUAGUCAAGCGUGCAGUGUUUCAGCUUCACCCAAGUUUCACCAAUCCGACGAGAGUUAUUGAGCAACCGCCUUUUGAGUUGUCUGAGACUGGAUGGGGAGAGUUUGAGAUUGCAAUAACCCUUUAUUUCCACAGCGAUGCCUCUGAAAAGCGUGUGGAUUUGUUUCAUCAACUGAAGCUCUAUCCUGAAGAGGAAGCUGGACCUCAGUCAACCAAAAAACCUGUGGUCGUGGAGACAUAUGAUGAAGUUGUCUUCACUGAGCCCUCUGAAGCUUUUUUCUUGCGAGUGCAAAAUCACCCAGCUGCUACUGUGCCAAGGUUGCCACCUGGUAUAACAUUGUCUUCUCCAGGCCCUAUGGAACAUAUGCCACAUGAUAGAAAGCGUUAUGACAACAAGGAUCAUCCCUUGAGCCAGUGGUACUCGAACUUCUCUGAAGCAGAUGAACUAUUAAAACUGGCUGCUGCUCGUCAACAGGUGCAGGCUCACAUAGCCAAGCUGAGAAGGCAGUUAAGUAUGAUAGAGGGAAUGCCCCAGCAAUCCAGAGGUCUUUCUGUUCCUGGCCAACAGUAUGGGCACGGCUAAUUGUACGAUAGCUGUCGUGAUGAAGAUGCGGAACUUGAUAACAACCCUCUAACAGAAUGCGAUGAGUGUAUCACUGUAUCUCUAUUGAAGAUGUUGCCUUAGGCUUUUGCAAUUAAUGACCUGCCAGUGUGCAUAAUCUACGGAUUGUACUGCCUUCGUGCAUCUUAGGGGAACAGUACUUGCUUCUCCUGCUUUUCUGUGUCUCUGUUCUGUCCCUCCACACCAAAAAGGUUAAUCUGUACUGUUUGUUUCCAUCGUUC